CUGUCGCAGCUGGGGCGCAGGACGUAUCCCCGUCCACACGAGUACCUGUCCCCGUCGGAUCUUCCCAAGAGCUGGGACUGGCGCAGCAUGGAUGGUGUCAAUUAUGCCAGCGUCACCAGGAACCAGCACAUCCCCCAGUACUGUGGCUCCUGCUGGGCCCACGGCAGCACUAGUGCCAUGGCAGAUCGCAUCAACAUCAAAAGGAAGGGUGCGUGGCCUUCUACCCUGCUGUCAGUGCAACACGUCAUUGACUGCGGCAACGCAGGCUCCUGUGAGGGGGGCAGUGACCUGCUGGUGUGGAAGUACGCCCAAGAGCACGGCAUCCCUGAUGAGACCUGCAACAACUACCAGGCCAAGGACCAAGAGUGUGACAAGUUCAACCAGUGUGGGACCUGCACAGAAUUCAAGGAGUGCCACACUAUCCAGAACUACACACUCUGGAGAGUCGGCGACUAUGGCUCUCUCUCGGGGAGGGAGAAGAUGAUGGCAGAGAUCUACAAAAACGGUCCCAUCAGCUGUGGUAUAAUGGCAACAGAAAAGAUGGCUAACUACACCGGAGGCAUCUACGCCGAAUACCAUGAGGAUGCCUUCAUCAACCACGUCAUCUCUGUGGUUGGAUGGGGUGUCAGCAGCGACGGGACAGAGUACUGGAUUGUCCGGAAUUCGUGGGGUGAACCCUGGGGUGAGAGAGGCUGGAUGCGGAUAGUGACCAGCACCUACAAGGACGGGAAGGGCGCCAGCUACAACCUGGCCAUUGAGGAAUCCUGUGCAUUUGGGGACCCCAUCAUUUAGGGUGCAUGUCUCUCGAGGCAGUUUUCUAGAUAGGCCAUCACGAAGCCGAUGGCAUGUUCACGAGCCUGAUGAGCAGGACUGGAGCACACUGGACACCUGGACGCCACUUUCUGGAUGAAUGGGCAUCCUGAAAACGUGACAACAGGCGUCUUAGAACGCCGCACAGCUCCGCCUCCGGACAACCGUGUCAGCCCCCAGUGAAGAAUGACCCUUGAGACACGAAGCAUGUGGCCUCAAUUUCCUUUUUUUUUUUUUGGUAUUUCUUAUUAGCAACCAUGGUCUAUAAAAUGGCAUUUAAGAGGUAAAAUGGUUCAGACUUAUCACUGGUUCUUCUGUAACCUUAGAAUCAGUGUGGAGGAAGGGAGGGAGCAAUGUCAGAUUACCCAAGUGAUAAAUAAAACACCUGGCGUCACCCAAGGA